AUGGCGUCCGUCGAGCAUUGCCUCUACUGCUUUGAAACCCUGGCAGCCCGCCUUGAGGACCGAACACCCUUGACCUUGAGCGAAGUGCAAAAGUCAUGGGCUGAAUACGCCCGUUCCUCGAGUGCCACCGAAGCGGACGACACAGCCGAUGAGUCCGACAAACUUGCCAAGCGCCUACCCGCCCUCACCCGUGUGACCGAAGCAUCCUCAUCAUCCAGUUCCGCCUCAUCCGCCUCCAACAGCACACUCUCGCUCAACCCAGACACCCCAGGAACCUCCACCUCCUCCAUCCCCGCCGAAGCCGACAACGACGACGAUGCCGACCCCGCACUCCCACCCCCCAUCACCGAAUCCCCGCUCUUCGUAACCUGGAACGCCUUCUCAACCCGCCACGGCGAAUACCACCUGCGCGGCUGCAUCGGCACCUUCGAGGCGCAACCCAUCGAGCACGGCCUGUCCUCCUACGCAAUCAUCUCCGCGCUCGAAGACACGCGGUUCCACCCCAUCAGCACGCGCGAACUGCCCUCGCUCGAAGUCGCCGUGACGCUGCUGACGGAUUUCGAAGACGCCGACGACGAGAUGGACUGGGAGCUCGGCACGCACGGCCUGCGCAUCUCGUUUGUUUAUCAUGGCCGUCGGUAUGGCGCGACUUACCUGCCGGAUGUGGCGACUGAGCAAGGGUGGACGAAGGAGGAGACGCUGGUGAGUUUGAUGAGGAAGGCGGGGUGGGUUGGAAAGAAGGAACGGUGGAAUGAGGUGCCGCUGAAUGUGGUGCGGUAUCAGGGGAAGAAGAAGACGGUGGAGUAUGCCGAGUUUAAGAAGUGGCGGGAUUGGGUUGAUGCGCAGUGA